GGAGUGAGAAACAAAGAAGAAGUCAAGACAUGCCAGAGCUGGAUUUCGGCAAAGGAAAAGCACACACAAGUCAUUCGUUCCGUCAGUUCAUAGAAAACCGUAAAACAUAGCACACAUAAUUUCCUUUCAAUAUUUUUUUUUUAUUUUUUUUGUUUUUUUUUGUUCGGAAAAAUGUCAAAAAAUCCUAUCAAUUUCAAGGAGCUGCCCGUGCAGCCACCGCGCGGCUUCAAGCUGGAGAGCGAAAAGCAGACCGUCGCGGAGGCGCUAAAUUUCAUGAAGCUGGCUUGCAUGCAUCAGCCAGAGGAAGCCCAGAAGCCCAAGGAUCCCGAGGGUCCCACAGUGGCCGACGAACUAAAUGCUCGCCUGGCCAUGGUCCAUGUGCGCGAGAGCCGUGCCAAGCGCAUCAAGCGUCUGGUCAAGUUUCCCACAAUCGAGCAACAAGCAUUGUACAAGUUCAUCUGCGUCUGUCCCCGAUACCAUCCCUGUUACGGACCCUGCCAGCACACAGGCCAGAUCAUCAUCGACCGCGAUGUGCUGUCGCGCGAGGAGCACAUCUGUUUUUUGGCCACACCCAAGAAGGACCCGCUCUCACCGCAGCUACUUAAGCAGCCGAUUUACUACACCAAAAAGUACUACAUGCCUACGUGCACGGCCCGCAUUGAACGCCUGGCCGAUCCCCUGCCGGUCCGUGUCAAGGACACGAUCAGGAUCUAUAAGAAUGUUCUUGAGCCCCGCCAAUUGACCGCCCUGCAGAACCAGAUGAAGCCCAAGCCGCCCAUCGAGGUGAUGACCAUGGAAAGGGCCCUGGAGUACUUGGAGGAGGAGAUGCGGCAACAGCGAACAGCCAAGCAACUGCAUCGCCGACGCUGCAAGAGCCUGAAGAAGCGAAUCGUCGUGCGUCAACGCAACCAGAUGUCGAAGAUCGUAUGCGGGUUGUUCGAGGAGAUGAAGGAAUUUCUACUCAACGAUCAGUAUAUCGUUGAUGAAAACUCACCACUCUGUGCUGUGAUACUGGACAAGAUAAGAGAGUUUACUGACCAAGAGUUCUACACAACCAGUAACCUGCGCGAAUAUCAGAAGAUAUUGGCCAACAAUCUAACCGUUUGGGUCAACAAGUUCAUCUCUAACUUGAACAUUUACAUGGCCCCACAACAGAUCCCCGUCGAGCGACAGAUGAUGGCCGACGCAGAUCCGGAACAGUUUGUGCCUGUGUCAGACUACAUUUCGCUGUCCGAACAACAGGAAGAGAUGACCCACGACACCGGUCAUAUUGGCUACGACUUUGAGGACUAUGUCAACGAGGACUAUUUGACUGACGUACUCACAGCAGCCGAUACCGCCUCUGGCAUUUCACUGACAAGAGCCGAUUAAUCAGUUCGGUGUAGCUUACCCUUCAGUUGAGACCAAGUCAGCUCCUUGAAGACACCGUUGCUGUGGACCUUGGCGC